UAACUUUAAUGCAACUAAUCAGGUGUUGGGGUUUUCUAAUAAUUACUCUGUCUCAAUUGAAUCUGAUUUACUAACCACUACUAAAAGCCUAGAAUCUAUUGUAGAUACUGAUAAUGUCAUGCUACCGGUAUCCACCUGUUUCUUGCCCGGGGCAACUGAUUUGCCAUUUUGCACCAAUAUGGGCAUCGACAGCUUUGUUUUACCCAAUUAUCUGAAUCACAGCAGUGUGGCGCAAGUCCGAGCAGCUUUGCAUGAGUGGGCGUGGCUCUUGAAUUCUCACUGCCACGCCAGCUUGGAAAGGUUUUUCUGCUUGCUGUUGGUGCCCAGGUGUGAUUCGGCUCGUCUGGCACACUCUCUGCCCUGCCGCGGUUUCUGUGAGACGCUUCGGGACGCUUGCUGGACACUGCUUGAUGCGGGGCGUCUGCCAGUGUCAUGUGACUCUCUCCCCGAGAAGGAAAAUGAGUAUUCAUGCUUAUCUGUUAGUAACGAAAAAGAUGAUGUAGGUGUAUCCUUACUCCAGUUGAUAGGCGACCCGCCUCCGGAAGAGAUCACCAAAAUCUACGGUCCAGACAACAGCCCUGGCUAUGUAUUCGGCCCAGACGCCAACACAGGCCAGCUGGCUCGCGCUCACCUUCCCAGCCCCUUCUACCGGGACUUCUCGCUCCUCUUCCACCUGCAGCCGACCACCCCCAAGGCUGGCGUGAUCUUCUCUGUCACAGACCCCACACAGGCAUCCAUGUACGUGGGUGUAAAGCUGUCCGCCGUACAAGAGGGCAAGCAGAAGGUCCUCUUCUACUACACAGAGCCAGGAUCCCAGACCUCCUACCAGGCGGCAGCCUUCAAUGUUCCGUCUCUAGCCAACCGCUGGACGCGCUUCGCCAUCAGUGUGGAGGGUGAAGAGGUGUUCUUCUUCUUGGAUUGUGAGGAGUCUGAAGCAACCCGUUUCGAGCGUUCACCCGACGAGAUGGAGCUGGAAAGUGGCGCAGGGGUCUUUGUUGGUCAGGCUGGAGGAGCAGAUCCAGACCGAUUUGUGGGUGUUAUUGCUGAGCUCAGGGUAGUUGGAGACCCCAGAGCUGCUGAGAGACACUGUGAUGAAGAGGGAGAUGAUUCUGAUGCUGCCUCUGGUGAUUUUGGAAGCGGGUACGAGGAGAGACCUAAAAUUGAAACGGUGACACCUCCUGCCCAGAGACCAUUGAAACAGCCCCCAGUGACAGCGCCCUCUACGGGAAGGAAGGAGAAGCUCUCACCUCAAAUCACUGCUGAGACUGCGGGAAAGCAGAUAGUCGACUCUCAAACUCAUUCUGAAGUGAAAUCCCAGCCAGGUGUCCUUGGUCAAGCUGGACCUGUAGGCCCGGCCGGUCCCAAAGGAGAACGGGGGGAGAAAGGCGAUCAAGGUGGAAGAGGGCCCCAGGGCGCAAAAGGAGACAGCAUAGGGGCUGCAGGGGGCACUGCUGGCCCUCGUGGUGAGAAGGGAGAAAAUGGCAUGAAGGGAAGUGCUGGCUUUGGUUACCCCGGCAAGAAAGGAGACAAGGGUGACCCUGGCCCCCCUGGACCUCCUGGUCCCCCCGGCCCAGCCGCGGAGCGGUUGGAGCGUGGAGAUGGCAGUGCCGUGGAGCAGAUAGUGGGAGCCAGAGGACCCCCUGGACCAGCAGGCCCACCAGGACCCAAAGGAACAGACGGAGAGCCUGGUGACCCUGGUGAAGAUGGCAUUGCAGGUCCUGCUGGCCCUCCUGGCUUUCCUGGAACUCCAGGGGACCCUGGUCAAAAGGGCGAGAAGGGUGACACUGGUGAAGGCAAACCUGGACCAAGAGGACCCCCUGGCUUGCCAGGACCAGCGGCACCCCGCUCACAGACCUUUUUUGACAUGGAAGCUUCCGGAUUCCCUGAUCUGGAAAGCAUUCGGGGCCCCCAAGGGCUUCCUGGUAUUCCGGGCCCUCCUGGCCCUCCUGGCCCCCCUGCAGCCCCCAACCUGUCGUCUGGACACCCAGCUUCAAUUGGGCCACCUGGACCAAGAGGGAUUGAUGGGAAGGAUGGCAUUCCUGGUGUUCAAGGGCCCCCAGGCCCCCCAGGUCCUCCAGGAAAUAAUGGCCAACCAGGACUGGCUGGACCCAGAGGAGAAAAGGGUGAUCCAGGCGAUUUGGGACUUCCUGGAGCUGUUGGUGAAAAGGGUUCAAAGGGUGAUGUGGGUUCCCCUGGUAUUUCAGGGCAGACAGGAUUGGCUGGUCUUCCUGGACCAAUGGGACCGGUUGGACAGCCUGGCCCCCCUGGACCUCCAGGCCCAGGCUUCCCAGUGGGCUUUGAUGAUAUGGAAGGGUCAGCAUUCAGUUCAAUAAAUGGUCCAGGAGUCAGAGGGCCAGAUGGACGGCCGGGUGUUCCUGGUCCACCUGGUUUGCCAGGCAUACCGGGUAACAAUGGAUUGCCUGGACUUCCAGGAGCAAAGGGAGAAGCUGGGUCUCCAGGGUCCUCAGGGGUUGAUGGACAGCCAGGGUUAGAUGGAUUCCCCGGCCUGGAAGGACCAAAGGGUGACAAAGGGGACAGGGGCGAAAAAGGCGAGCAGGGUCGAGAUGGGGUUGGAAUUCCUGGUCGGCCCGGCCUACCUGGACCUCCUGGACAGAUCAUCUAUCAGCCAGGCAACCAUGAAGGCAACAUUGCUCCAGGCACAGAGGGAAUACAAGGCCCGCCUGGUAAAGCAGGUUUCCCAGGCCCCAGGGGGCCAAAGGGCGACAGAGGAGACUCGGGACCACCAGGAUAUGGAAUAAAGGGAGAAAAGGGAGAACCUGCUGCCAUUAUCGGCCCUGAUGGAAAUAUCCUGAGCAGUGCAUUUCUUGGGGGAGUUGGGGGAGAAAAGGGUGACCCAGGAAUCCCUGGACCAGUCGGCCCUGUGGGUCCUUAUGGUCGUCCUGGCCAGAAGGGUGAAAUUGGUUUACCUGGCAGGCCUGGUCGUCCUGGUAUUAAUGGAUUUAAAGGUGAAAAGGGGGAGCCAAGUGAUGUCAGUCACGGUUACGCUGGUCCCCCUGGUCCCCCCGGCCCCCCCGGCCCCCCUGGUCCUCCAGGACAAUUCACCGAACGCUAUAGGGGCUUCCCAGGCUACACAGGAGAGAAAGGAGAGCAAGGGCAGCCUGGCCUGCCUGGACAACCAGGUGGUCUCCCAGACUUUGAUAUUUAUGCAUUAAAGAGAGAGCUGAAGGGAGAACAAGGUGACAAGGGGCCACAGGGUGAGAAGGGAGAGCCAGGUGGUGGAUACUAUGAUCCUCGUUAUUCUGCACCUCAAGGCCCCCUUGGACAGCCGGGCAGCCCUGGACUGCCGGGUCCUAAGGGCGACUCUAUCCGAGGCCCUCCUGGUCCCCAGGGACCUCCAGGGACCCCAGGGGUCGGGUACGAUGGGCGUCCAGGACAACCAGGGCCGCCUGGCCCACCCGGACCUCCAUCACUGCCUGGAGCUUCCAGGCAGAGUAUCAGCAUUCCAGGCCCACCUGGACCCCAAGGCCCACCAGGCCCUCCUGGACACUCCUCAGGGCUUACCAUUUUGAGGACUUACCAAACCAUGAUCACCACAGCGCGAGGACUGCCAGAAGGAACUAUGGUCUUUGUCUUGGACAAGGCAGAUAUCUAUAUCCGAGUGCGGGAUGGAUUCCGUCAAGUUCUGCUUGGGGACUACACACCAUUCUUUGGAGGCGGUGUCCUUGAAAAUGAAGUGGCCGCAGUGCAGCCACCACCAGUAGUCCAUUUCUCCCAAGGCCAUUCCCCAAACAGCGGGGCUGGACACAUUUCCCAGAACGAACCCGUAAACAGGCAGCCAGUGCAACAACCACACCGGCCGCAUCCACCCCACCAGCCAGACCACGGCCAUGUUGUCUACCCCAGCACUCCGGAGCGACAGCCAGCAGGGAGGAACCCAGCGAGGCCAGAAUUCGGCAAUCCCAGUUAUCCCAGCCCCCCCCAGCGAAGACCCAGCCAGCCUGAGAAUACACAGCCUGCAGGUCAUGAACAUAGCACAGGCCCUGCUCUCCACCUGAUAGCCCUGAACGCUCCCCAGACUGGAGACAUGCGUGGAAUCCGUGGGGCAGACUUCCAGUGCUUCCAGCAAGCCCGAGCGGUGGGACUGACUGGCACUUUCCGUGCCUUCCUGUCUUCCAAACUCCAGGACCUCUACAGCAUCGUGCGGAGAGCUGACAGAGCCACAUUACCCAUCGUCAAUCUCAGGGAUGAGGUGCUGUUUGAUAACUGGGAGUCUCUGUUUGAUGGGUCGGAUGCUCAGGUGAAGCCCAAUGUUGCUGUCUACUCCUUUGAUGGGCGGGAUGUUCUCAGAGACAACACAUGGCACCAAAAGAUGGUCUGGCACGGGUCGAACAACAAGGGACAUCGGCUCACUGACAAUUACUGCGAGACGUGGAGGACUGGCGACCAGGCCGUGACAGGCUUUGCUUCCUCCAUUCAGGCCGGCAGGCUUCUCCAGCAGCGUCCUAGCAGCUGCACCAGCUCCCACAUCGUCCUGUGUAUUGAGAACAGCUACAUCUUGCAAUCCAAAAAAUAAAGGAACCCCAACAGCAAACCUGUUGCAGAUGAUAAUGUAUGGCUUUUUCCCCUACUGUAUUCAUUGAAUGCCAAAGAGCUGGGUUUUUAACAGAAAUGUGUUUACUCUCCUCCUGUAUGAGGCAUUGGCACAUAUUCCUAGGGGAAACACCAGAGAAGCAAAACUAAUUUUGGCAACUGGUAACUGUUUAUAUUGUUGUAUAUGAAAUGAUGUUGUGUGUCGUUUUUUUUUUGUUUCUUAAUGUCUUUUUGGUAUAUUUGUAACCAAUUUUAGCUAUAACAUCCAUUUUUUUCCCAUUUGAGGACUGUAGCAUAUUGAAGGUUUGUGCAACUUUCUGGUAUUUUUUAGAUACAAAAAAUAUAUAUUUAUUUUGAAAAAGUUGUAAUUCAUGAAACACAAAAAUAUGGAGAAUCUGAAAACCACUGAGAUUUUAAAUGAUGCAAUAUAAUUUUAUAAUGCACCUUUUCUAAAUAAAUAACUCAAUAUGCAACAGUCAUCAUCUUUCUAUACCACAACUUAAAAAUGUAAAAAAUGUAACUUAUGUUAACACGUUAAGUUUACACAUUAUUAGUGAAUGUGCAUUAAGAAAGAAUAGGUUCAGCGUGUUAAGAUUGUAGGGAGGAUGUGUUUUAAGGUUUUCCCUAAAAAGUUUGUAUAACCCUAACCCUUCAAUCUUUUUCGUACAAAAAACCCCCCAAAAAAACAAGAAACAAAUGUUGACAAAAAAGAAAAAGGUUACAGAAAGGUCAAGCUAAUACCACAUAACCCAGAAAGCAGCCAUUUGAAAGGGAUACAGUUAAUGAAAUAAUUCUACAAAUCUUACCUGUACAAGGCACUUCAUUCGACAUGUGGACCUUGUACAUUUAUAAGCAGUUUUGAAAGAACCAUGUUCUAGAAAGAGUGUACUUUGUCAAACGUAUUUAGUACCAUACUAGGUUAAAGAAAGGUAUUGGAUUAAAUUGGUCUAUGAGGUCAGUUAUGUAUGUAGCAAACCUACAUUCAAAGUACUACAAUACAGUGUUUUAGUAGGCCGCACAAUGAAUAUGUAACUAUUACUAUGCCUACCCUUCUAGGUUCCAGGCUUACUUUCAUGUAUUCUGUUGGCGUUUCACCUUCUACAUUUAAGACUAAAGCAGCUUGUUGGUUAAUGACAGGAACUAAGGCAUUUAAGAGGGGAGCAAAUGUUUGAUAUAGCAUGAGUUUCUUUCUUUCAAACCGGUACCACGGUACAUAGUGAAUGAAAUUGCUGAACCAUAAGAUUUGUCAUUAUUUCGUUAGCUAUAACCCAUUAAGUUGACCGUUUUACAGUAGUAAAAAAAAAAAAAAAAGAAAGAAGCCUGGUUAUAGAGUGAAUGUCAUGUAUUAGGGUGUAAUAAAAUGUUAUUAUGCAGAUGCAAAUGCUAACACAUGUUUAAAUAGUAAUUCAUACUGAGGAAGCAAGUUCUGACAAUAAUAAGAAGUAAUACAUGUAAUGGAAGGGAGGAUUUGUCGAUACUGUUAUUAUUAAUACCCAUUAAAUGGUAUGCUACAUAUAAUGAAUGUUUAACGGUACCAAUCAUAAACAUCACAUUUUACCAUACAUGGGGAUUCAAAAAGGUUUUUAAUCCCUUAUCAAUUUUAAAUCAGUGCUGAUUUGUUUUAAACUACUGUUGUGAUGAUCCAUUCAGAAAACUAGAAAUGUACGUUAUGAAGACACUUUGUAUUUUAUUUUUUUAACCUAUGUACUCCUUUUGUUAACUAUGACUGACUGCUGUAAUGUUAUCAAUAUUAUACUCUUGACUGAACCAGUAUAAACCUGUGGAUUUCUAAUCUGACUCUUGCUGUUUUGUAGCCUGUAUGUGCUGUAAACAAUUUGUCUUAAGCACUGAAUAAAGUCAAAUUGUCUUUUA